UAAUAAUAAAAUCCGAAACUAAUGGUGGAAAAGCCCGACAUUGCUUUAGGACGGUUCAUUCUCUUGCAAUCAUGGCAAAAAAGAAUGUGAUGCAAAUCGCUUGCAGUCAUGCGUUAUCGACAUUUUCAAGUCGUCUGGUGCUUUGCCGUUUAUCGUCUGCUUUGAACGAGUCAUUCAUCACAACACCGUCGAACAGGCGAUGCAUGCUUGCUCUGCAUUUAUUCGUAGUCAAUACAGACAAAUCCGGUUGUGCUAUGAUGGAGAGCGAGGCAUACAACUACAACGAAUUGCCGCUCAUAAGACCAUGAGCACAAAGCCGCACCCAAUUCUAGAGGUGCCAUAUCUGCUCAUCAACGAUUAUACACCAUCAGUUGAUAACAAUAAUCUCAAUGUGAUGAUCCUCCCGCAGUUACUCAACAAAUGGUCUAAAUUAUACUCAUAA